AUGACCUUGCAUAUCACGCGUGAUAUCACUUGCUGCGUUUCUCUUUUUUCCUUGUGUCUCAUCUUUUUCAUCACAUCAUCGUGCAACAAAUACUCUGUUCACGCUUUACAAACACAAUUCUUCAAGACAGCCCCAUCUCCAAAACAAGGCGAUUUAUUUGGACUCUAUUCCAAACAAAAAGUCUUACAGCUCUUCAAAUUGGAUCCAUUACCUGCUCCAGUAGGUCCUCCAGUGUCACCCUAUCCAUUUGAAACUGGUACUCAAUUAGCAAGUAUUGAUACACGAAAUGAAUUGUUUUAUGUAUUAGCUUUAAAUCGAACCAAUCAUGCCGUGGAUUUAAUUGGAAUUAGUUUGAGAAGUGGUCAAAUGAUUCGAAAAGUCACUCUCGAUGGUCUGUUUUCGAAUUUUGGUUAUGCUCAAACCAUGAGUGUGGAUCCCAAUACUGGUGAUGUGUUUAUUGUUUCUCCAUUGAGUUCUCUAGAAUAUGCUCUUUCCUUGUUAAAAGUUUCAUUUCAAGGAAAUCAGUCGAAUGUCACUCUGUUGAACAACAAUAUUUAUGCUCAAGUAGGCAUUUAUUGUUGUUCAUUGUCUGCUUUCGAGUCUAAAACUCUUAUUGUUUCACUUCAUGUUCCAUUCUCGGGUGAUUAUUUAUUUUCAUUUGAUCGUUUGACAGGAAAGCUUCUGAAUAGAGUUCUCAAUUCAAGACAACUUCAAACAUUGGCCUAUGAUUCAAAAACUGGCAUGAUUGUUGGAAUGGGAUACAAUGAAAAGUAUAAACGUGCAAUGAUAUAUUUGGACAGCAAUACAUUGGAGGUGAAAAAGACCAUUGAUAUCGAAGGAGAGUAUCGAGAUUUACUUUCUGGAGGAAGUAUUGAUGUUGUGAAUAGAAAAUGGUAUGGUUUCAUGUCCAAACAGGGAACUACACCACCUCGUUUCGAUUUGGUGACCAUUGAUAUGGAUACUGGAAACGUUGUGAAUGCGAUCAAUCUCGAACAGAGACCAGAAAGUUUGCUUGUUUUCAAUGAAUAA